CUAAAUUCCUAAAGCUUAUUCAUCAUGCUGCACUUGAGCCACCCAAGAAAUACACAGAACCACAAACUGAAAGUCAGGAAAUUGGUUGGUUUUCCACACCGUUGGUCAGUAUCAACCGGGAUGAUAGUAGGCUGCACUUCCCAAGUCGGAGUACUGAAAUCAGCAGGUACAUGGCUGCUCUGUGGCGCCUGAGGCAGAUGACCAAAAGCAAAUAAGGGCAUAAUAACAUCACGGGAUCUUACUGUGAAGAUGUUAAACUUUCAUUUAGGAUUUCUGCCUGCAAGAUGAUCAUCUUGUCAUUGUAGUUAGUUAUUUUAAGAAAGGAAGCAGUUUUGCUCUUUGAAUUUUUAGUGGUUGCAAUAAACUUGUUCCCAAAUUG